GGGAGAACCCGCGACAACAAAAGGCGCGGGCGGCGGCGGCGGCUGCGGCCCGGCGGAGCGAAGCUGGGGAGUCCUGUACUGUGCUCGCCGCCGGAGAUCAGGGCUUUCUCGAGCCGGAGUCCAGAAAUUACAUAAAAUGGAUAUUUCUCACACUAGAUACUGAAUAUUAAGUAAAAUCUAAGUUGCUAUGGAAGAAAUACCAGUAAAAGUUGCUGUAAGAAUCCGACCUCUGCUAUGCAAAGAAGUUCUUCAUAAUCAUCAAGCUUGUGUGAGAGUUAUUCCAAACACCCAGCAAAUUAUCAUUGGGAGAGAUAGAGUCUUUACUUUUGAUUUUGUUUUUGGCAAGAAUUCCACUCAAGAUGAAGUUUACAAUGCAUGUAUAAAGCCACUAGUGUUGUCGCUCAUUGAGGGCUAUAAUGCAACCGUUUUUGCCUAUGGACAAACUGGAUCCGGGAAGACCUACACCAUUGGAGGAGGCCAUGUUGCUUCAGUUGUGGAGGGUCAAAAGGGUAUCAUUCCUCGAGCUAUCCAAGAAAUAUUUCAAAACAUCUCUGAAAAUUCUAGCACUGACUUUAAUAUCAAAGUGUCUUAUAUAGAAGUAUAUAAGGAAGACCUAAGAGAUCUUCUAGAAUUGGAAACAUCUAUGAAGGAUCUUCACAUCCGAGAAGAUGAAAAAGGAAACACAGUGAUUGUUGGGGCCAAGGAAUGUCACGUGGAGAAUGCAGAUGAGGUGAUGAGUCUCCUGGAGAUGGGGAAUGCAGCCAGGCAUACAGGUACCACCCAAAUGAACGAGCACUCCAGUAGAUCACAUGCAAUUUUUACAAUCAGCAUUUGUCAAGUAGAGAAAAAUACAGAGGCAGCUGAAGAUGGAUCGUGGUAUUCCCAUCGGCAUAUUGUCUCAAAGUUCCACUUUGUGGAUUUGGCGGGCUCGGAAAGAGUAACUAAAACCGGGAAUACUGGCGAACGGUUCAAAGAAUCCAUUCAGAUCAACAGUGGGCUGUUGGCUUUAGGAAAUGUAAUCAGUGCUCUUGGGGACCCACGCAGGAAGAGCUCCCAUAUUCCAUAUAGGGAUGCUAAAAUCACCCGGCUUCUGAAAGAUUCCUUGGGAGGCAGUGCCAAGACUGUCAUGAUCACUUGCGUCAGCCCAUCCUCCUCAGAUUUUGACGAGUCCUUAAAUUCCCUCAAAUAUGCCAACAGAGCACGCAAUAUUAGAAACAAACCCACCUUAAACUUCAGCCCCGAGUCUGACCGUAUGGACGAAAUGGAAUUUGAAAUCAAGUUGCUUCGAGAAGCUCUGCAAAGCCAGCAGGAUAGCAUCAGCCAAACCAGCCAGAUCCAUCAAGAGGGGACUCCUGAUAAAAACAGGAUCCGGUCUCUUGAGGAACAAGUAGCUCAGCUACAGGGAGAGUGUCAGAGUUACCAAACCUGUGUAGAGGAAGCCUUUACCUUCCUGGUGGACUUAAAGGGUGCUGUCAGACUGAACCAACAGCAGCAACACAAACUGCAGGAGUGGUUUAACAUGACCCAGGAUGUCAGGAAGGCGAUGUUCACCUCGUUCAGAGGGAGCCACGGUGUCGGCAACCUGGAAGAAGGACCACAGCAUGUGACAGUUCUCCAGCUGAAGCGAGAGCUUAGGAAAUGCCAGUGUGCACUGGCUGCUGAUGAAGUUGUAUUUAACCAGAAGGAACUGCAGGUGAAGGAACUGAAGAAUCAAGUGCAAAUGAUGGUCCAGGAAAACAAAGGACACGUGGUAUCUUUGAAAGAAGCACAAAACGUCAAUAGAUUGCAGAAUGAAAAAAUAAUAGAACAACAACUUCUUGUGGAUCAACUGAGUGAAGAACUAGCAAGACUUAAUCCGUCAAUGACAUCUUCAGCUACUGAAACUUGUGGAGACGGGCCAGACACCAGGACACCUGGAAAGAGGCCAUGUACCGUACCGUUUGAUACUCGUUUGGGGCAUUAUAUUUUUAUCCCAGCCAGAUCAGAUUCCAGGAAGGUCUACACAAGUCCUUCUGUGUACUCUCUGGAUCGAGUAGUUGCCGGAUUUCGAACACGAAGUCAGAUGCUGCUGGGUCAUAUAGAAGAACAAGAUGAAGUCCUCCACUGCCAAUUUUCUGAUGACAGUGAUGAUGAAGAAUCAGAAGGCCAAGAGAAAUCUGAAAUUAGACGUAGAAGUCGCUCGUGGAUUCAGAAGCGAAGUUCUGUUUGUUCUCUUGUUGAAUUGAAUGAUAUUCAGGAUCAAACACAAAAGUCAAGUUUGGGGAAUGAAGAUUUAAAGAUUGAAUGUCUCCAGGAGAGUCAAGAGUUGAAUUUGCAAAAAUUAAGGAAUUCAGAAAUCAUACUUACUGAAGCCAAACAGAAAAUGAGAGAACUUACAAUUAACAUCAAGAUGAAGGAAGAUCUAAUUAAAGAAUUAAUAAAAACAGGUAACCAUGCCAAGUCUGUAAGCAAACAGUAUUCUCUGAAAGUAACAAAACUUGAGCACGAAGCAGAACAGGCGAAAGUGGAAUUAACUGAAACAGAGAAGCAGCUGCAGGAACUAGAAAACAAAGAUCUUUCUGAUAUCGCCCUGAAGGUAAAAUUACAGAAGGAGUUCCGCAAAAAGAUGGACGCCGCAAAGCUAAGAGUCCAGGUCUUACAGAAGAAGCAACAAAAUAGUAAGAAAUUGGCAUCAUUGUCAAUCCAAAAUGAGAAACGUGCUAAUGAACUAGAGCAGAAUGUCGAUCACAUGAAAUAUCAAAAGGUACAGCUGCAAAAGAGACUUCGAGAAGAAAAUGAAAAAAGGAAGCAACUGGAUGCAGAAAUUCAGCGGGAUCAACAAAAAAUCAAAGAACUAAAGUCAAAAACAGAACAGGAAGACUCUCUGACACUGGAAACCGAGGACCUUGAUGCAUUUAAGAUGAAAAAGAGAAAAGGUUCAUUUGGAAGUAUAGACCAAUUCCAGAAAUUGGAUGAGCAAAAGAAAUGGUUAGAUGAAGAAGUAGAAAAAGUCCUGAACCAACGCCAAGAAUUGGAGGAGCUGGAAGAAGAUUUAAAAAAACGAGAGGCCAUAGUUUGUAAGAAGGAGGCCCUGUUACAGGAGAAGAGCCACCUGGAAAAUAAGAAGUUGAGAUCUAGCCAGGUCUUAAACACAGAUAGUUUGAAAAUAUCAACUCGCCUGAACUUGUUGGACCAAGAGUUGUCUGAAAAGAAUGUAGAGCUGCAACGCAGCACGGCUGAGGAGAAAAUAAAGAUUUCUGAACAAGUUCAUGCCCUCCAGAAAGAGAAGGAUCAGCUACAGAGACGAAGAAACAGUGUGGACGAGAAACUUAAAAAUGGUAGUGUGUUGUCACCUGAAGAAGAACAUGUUCUUUUCCAACUUGAAGAAGGGAUUGAAGCUUUGGAAGCUGCAAUUGAAUACAAGAAUGAAAGUAUCCGGAGUCGCCAGAACUCGCUCAGAGCUUCAUUCCAAAACCUCUCUUGUAGUGAAGCAAAUGUCUUGGAAAAACUAAUUUGCCUGAGUCCCAUUGAGAUUAGAGCUAUUCUUUUCAGAUAUUUCAAUAAGGUGGUCAUUUUGCGAGAAACUGAACGGAAACUACAGUUAGAGAAUGAAGAAGUUAAAAUGAAGAUUCUGGAACGGGAUAAUACGGUUCGUGAGUUGGAAUCUGCACUGGAACAUCUGAAAUUGCAGUGCGACCGGAGACUGACUCUCCAGCAAAAGGAACAUGAGCAAAAACUGCAGCUGCUGUUACAUCAUUUUAAAGAGCAAGAGGGGGAAGGCAUUAUGGAAACUUUCAAAACAUAUGAAGAUAAAAUCCAGCAGCUGGAAAAAGACCUUUAUUUCUAUAAGAAAACUAGCCGAGAUCUUAAGAAGAAACUUAAGGAAUUGGUAGGGGAAACAGUUCGGCGGCAACAAGUACCAUCUGAACAUUGUGAUGCUGGAGAUGGAGUCCUGAACCCUGAAGAAGCAGUCAUGGUUCCAGAAGAAUUAAAAUGGGCAUCCAGAACUGAAAGUAUAAAGUUAAGUGGAAGAGAAAGAGAAUUAGACAGUUCAACAAGCAGCUUAAGAACACAACUGAAUCCUCAGAAGCUCUUGGAAGAGGUCCCGGAAUUACCUCCAAUCUGUAGCUUUUUAGCACCCACUAGUGGGCAUCUGCUAAACAAUGAGGAUAAAAAAGAAAUAGACGAGUAUCAUUUCAUAAAAUCUCACAGUCGACCAUCACCCCAAAUCCAGCCAGUGGGAAACGUAGGACAGCUUCAUGGUGUCACAUCUGUAAAGUUAUGUCGUAAAGAGUUACGUCAGAUUUCUGCCUUGGAACUAUCACUACGGCGUUCCAGUCUUGGAGUUGGGGUUGGAUCUAUGACUCCUGAUUCCAUUGAAGUAGCUAGGAAGCCGAGUGACUUUAAAACAUAGGCAUUUGAUAAUACAAUUUUCAAUUUAGUAGAGGUGUAAGAUUCCUUUUUCUAACCUGUUAGAAAUUAAAGCUUAUGCUCACUAGUUCUUCCCUCAGGAUAAAGGAAGAAGGGAAGGAAGGAAUCAUUUUAUAUACUAUAGACGUGUGUAUCUUCUGUGGUAUAUUUGGGGAGUUUUAAUGACUUGCAGAUAUUUCCAUAAUAACGAAAUGAACACGUUUUCCCAUAGUAUCAGAUAAUGGAAUAUUUAAAUAUUUCCCCUUAUAACUUUGCUUAAAAUUUCUUUCCAGGCAUAUAUAAAGAACAAAACAUAAAAGUAGGAUUAUAAACUAAAAUAUCCAUCAAAUGUAUAUUGCCAUAUAAUAUAAAAGUAUGUUUUAAUACAUUAAUUAUAUCGUACAAGUUCAUAUUAUUAUCAUUCUCAAAUAUAAAUAUGUGUUUGUUAUUUUGGAGAGAUGCAGUUAAAUAUUCCUUGUAUGAGCAGGGGAGUCUCCUGCUGCAUAUGUUUUGGCAUAGCUGAAAAUCUGUGCCAAAAUGCAGUCUGUGGAUGAAGGCAACUGAUUAGGUUUAUGGUUAAAGUUAAUUUAUGGUCCUCAGUGUCCACAGAGGUUAGGUGAUCAGUCUUGACUUUUUAAACAUGGUUCUCUGCUUUUUCUGAGAUUGUUUUCAGAAUGUCAUAUUGUUGGUUUGCUAAUAUUAUGGAAUGUAAGUCUUCGUCUCUCUCCCACCCUGUGUAUUCAACAUAUAUCUCAUUAGGCUACUAGAUUUGGGGGAAAGAAUGCAGUUCCUUGCCACAGGGAAGCAAUAAUAGAAUAACAAUAAAGCAUUCCAGCAUUUCAAGGAAAAGACACCUGGUCACAGGGAGUAUGACUAUAAACUUGACGUCUAACCAGAGGCUCUAUAGCUAAUGAUCCGUUGGGCUUACUGGGAGAUUUUUUUCUACGGCCUCCUAGGUCAGGUCAUGCACACAGGCAGGCCAGACUGCAUUGGGACUGUAAAUAUGUAAAUGAAAACUUUUCUUCAUGAUUUUUUUUAGUCUAAAUCUUACUAUAUAAUCUAAACUUCAGUUUGGAAUUAAGAACUGACCACUGAUUGGCCCAACAAACGGUUUGUACUUUUUCAUCAUACUUUUUAAUCACGAAAACAUCCCAUUAUAAUGACCAGAGGUAUUUUGUUACUUUUUGUUGCUGCUGUUGUCAUUUGUGUUACUUUUCCACAUUUUCACUUGUAAAAUAAAAUUUUUUCUUAAACUAA